AUGGGCUCGCUUUCAUCUUCAUCAAAGAUGUUCGUGGAGAAGCCAGCAUCUGCCAAGAAUGCUUGCAAAUUUCAUGUCCUUCACUCAUCUUCUCUUCUGUUGCAGGACCUCAAACCAGGAAACUUGGCAGUAAACCAAGACUGUGAGCUGAAGAUCCUGGACUUUGGGCUUGCUCGCAGUACUGAUGCUGAGAUGACCGGCUAUGUGGUGACCCGUUGGUACCGGGCGCCCGAGGUCAUUCUGAACUGGAUGCACUACACACAGACUGUGGACAUCUGGUCUGUGGGCUGCAUCAUGGCUGAGAUGAUCAACGGGAAAACCCUUUUCAAAGGAAAAGAUUACAUGGAUCAGCUGACACAGAUCAUGAAAGUGACGGGAGUACCUGGACCAGAGUUCAUCCAGAAACUGGACAGCCAGGAGGCCAAGAAUUAUGUGAAGGCGCUCCCUAAGUACCCCAGGAAAGACUUCUCCACACUGUUCCCCCGGGCCAGUGCCAAAUGCGUGGACCUGCUGGAGAAGAUGCUGGUCUUGGACGGGGACGAGAGGCCCACAGCCGAACUGGCGCUGGAGCAUCCCUACUUUGAUGGCCUCCGAGACCCCGACGACCUCCCUGAGCCCGAGCCCUACGACGACAGCCACGACAACGCCUCGCUGGCCCUGGAGGAAUGGAAGCGGUUGUGUUUCCGAGAGGUGAAGAGCUUUGUGCCCUUCCCCCGCAGAGACUCCAAGAGGAAAAACACGCUGACUAUGACUCCAUGACUUAUGAUUGAAUGUCAUGUAAAUAUGAAUACAUAUGUAUGAAUACAUAUAUAUGUAUGUAUGUAUAUGCAAUGUAUGCUUCUGUUCCGAUUUGACUCUUGCACUGUAUUAUGUUUACAUUAGAAACAGUUUUGACACACUUCUUUCAAGUGGAGGUGUAAAACUUGGUUUCUCCUUACAUUGCUCUGCAAAUUCAACAAAAGUGUGCUAGUACACAGUCCCAGAUACAGUAGUAGUGUAGUAUUAUAAGUACCCCAAUGUCAGAUGGAUUAUAUUACAGUUUUUGUAUUAUUUGUAUCAUUUACAUUUCCACUUAAUUUUAAGACAAACGUGUAUAUUUCCCCAAAUUUUACCAGUUUUAUGUGAAAUUAUAUUAAAGGUUGUUUUUUGUUUUUUUGCCAAAAUGUAAUAUUGAGUCCAUAAAUGUAUUUAAAAAAAUAAAGAGAUUAGAUUGUGACCUAAUUUACUAACCUGGUGACUAAUUAACUAACGUAAAAAAAAAUCUGAUAAAACUGUAGUCAUUGAUUUAAUGUUUGAAUAUAUGUUAAUAUGAA